UGAGUUAUGACAGUAUUGUUACAAACAUUACCUCGUAUUACAGCAGCACAUUUUUGUUUAACUUAAAUUAUGUCAUUGUUAUUUGAAAAUCUUGCGAAAAACUUAAAAAAGUUAGUGUAUUAUUUACAUUGGUGACAUUGUUGCAACAAAACAUUGUAUUCAUAAAUAUCAUAUUUUUUUUCAGAUUAAAUAGGUACCAUGUCAUGUAGAGGAAAACUUAUGCUAGAAUUAGCAUUAAAGGCUAAGGAAAACAGUGAAGAAAACCCUGAGGAAAAUAGUACAGGAUGUGAACUUGCUGUUGACCCUCAAAUCAAUGAUGACCAUCUGCUGCCAUCAGCAAGCAUUACGGGUGCAAGCUCUGCUUCAAAUAACAGGAAGUCUUCUUCUAGUAGUGACUCGUCCUCUAGUAGUGACUCGUCUUCUAGCAGUGAAUCAUCUUCUAGCAGUGACUCAGAAACUGAAGAUAUUGACACAGAUGAUUCCGUGAAAGAUAAGGACUAUAUCCCAAGCAAAGAGGAAGAAGAGAGUUUUAACCUUGAAGAGAAGGACGCAGUUGAUAAAAUUCCUGUACUAGUUAGUCCGCAAAAGGGACGUAAACGUAAACAGCACCUGAGUCAAUGGAAGAAACAUAAAGCGAAAAAAUUAAGGAACUCUGGAAAGGCUUAUAUAAGCAAAAAUAAGAAAAUAAGACCAGAAAGGAAAAUGAAACUGCCAUGUGGAAAUAAAUGUCGAAUUAAAUGUUCAGAACAGAUAAAUGAAGAAGAAAGGCAAAAACUCUUUGACUCUUAUUGGGCAUUAGGAGACAUUGCUCAACAGUGGCAGUUCAUUUCAAACUGCAUUAAAACUGUUAGACCUAAAUACAGGUAUGUUCGUGAGGGAGGCAACCGUCAACCUAGGAACAAUAACAGUUCCUUUCACUUCAUGGUUGGUCAGAAUGAAAUUCGUGUUUGCAAACUUUUUUUCAAGAACACACUUGAUAUCAAUGAGCGGCCAAUAAGAACAGCUUUAGCAAAGCAAAGCAGAGUUGCUAAUGUUCUUAUGGAACCUGAUAAGAGAGGCCAACAUGGUAAUCAAGUAACUGUUGAUCCUGAAAUUAGGAAAGGCGUCAAGGCACAUAUUGAGUCUAUCCCUCAGAUAGAGAGUCACUAUACGAGAGCUACAUCAAGUAGGACAUUCAUAUGCGGCUCUAAAACAAUUGCAGAAAUUCACCGCGAUUAUGUUGAGAAGUCCAAACAACAAAAGGUACCUUAUGCCAAUUACACUCUGUUUUAUCGCAUUUUUACCACAGAGAUAUUUCUUUUUUUGUUCCUAAAAAGGACCAAUGCGAUGUUUGUUCAUCUUAUCAUAAUGCGGAGAAUGAAGAGAAAGAGCGCCUUCAAGAAAGCUAUGGAAAUCACCACAAAGAAAAAGACAUGUCAAGAAAUGAAAAACAUAAAGAUAAAACUGAAAGUGAUGCAGUUGUUGCUGUUUAUGACCUUCAGGCUGUAA